UCCAGCGACUGCCUCGGUAUUUACUGAAGAGCCUGUCAACCUCAUGCUAUCGUGUGAGAGCCCACCGCGACCUACAAACGGGCUGCCAUCCAAUUACCGGAGUCAUGGCGCCCUUGUCUCUGCCCCUGUGCUCUGUGGUGAAGCACAGGGACUGUCUGCAGAGGCUGAAUGUAUUCUGUAAUGCCGUACACGGUUUACGUCACCGGCCGGUCACGUCUCGAUUGUGGAAACGGAAUUUCGGUGCAGUAACACAUGGAGUCGGUCAACUACUGUCAAGCCGGAACAGAGCCCCAAACUACGCAGCAUCUGUCUUUAGGAGCUCCUCAGACGGUCCGGACCUGACAGAGAGGCUGUGGUCUAUUUACAAUGAUACCAGGAGACAGACUGAAGAUCUGAUCCCAGUCAUCUCCACCAACUCGGUGGACCCUGACACUAUAUUUGCCAACAAUGAGAUGAGCCUAAGAGACAUUGAGAUUUACGGCUUUGACUAUGACUACACUCUGGCCUUCUACUCCAGACACCUCCACACGCUUAUCUUCAACAUCGCACGGGACAUCCUCAUCUCCAAGCACAGGUAUCCCGAGGGUCUGCGAAAGUAUGAGUAUAUUCCUAAUUUUGCUGUGAGAGGACUUCACUAUGAUGUUCAGAAGGCACUGCUGAUGAAGAUUGAUGCCUUUCACUACAUCCAGUUGGGAACAGUAUACAGGGGGCUUCAUCCUGUCCCUGAUGAGGAGGUUAUUGCCAUGUAUGAAGGCUGUCACGUACCUCUGGAAAUCAUGAGCGACUUCUAUGGAAAGAGUUCACAUGGUCACACAAUGAAACAGUUCAUGGACAUUUUCUCGCUGCCUGAAAUGACGCUCUUGUCAUGUGUCAAUGACUUCUUCAUGAGCCACAACAUUGACUAUGAGCCUGUCCAUCUCUACAAAGACGUAAAGGAAGCCAUUAGAGACGUUCACGUCAAGGGUAUAAUGUACCGCGCUGUGGAGGCAGAUAUCGAGAAAUAUAUUUGCUACGGUGAGCAGAGCCACGCCGUGCUGAAGAAGCUGUCAGAGCAUGGAAAAAAGAUGUUCCUCAUUACCAACAGCCCGUUUGACUUUGUAGAUCGGGGGAUGAGCUACAUUGUGGGGAAGGACUGGAGGGACUUGUUUGAUGUUGUGAUCGUUCAGGCUGACAAACCUGGCUUCUUCAACGACAGGAGAAAACCUUUCAGGAGAGUGACAGACAAAGGUGCUCUGCUGUGGGAUCGGAUUCACAGGUUGGAGAAAGGGCAGAUCUACAAACAGGGAAACCUUUACGAGUUCUUGAGACUGACCGGCUGGAGGGGAUCCAAAGUGUUGUACUUUGGUGAUCACAUCUACAGUGACUUGGCAGAUCUUACACUGAAACAUGGCUGGAGGACGGGGGCCAUCAUCCCUGAGCUGAGGAAGGAGAUCAAGAUCAUGAACACAGAGCAGUACAUGCACAUGAUGGCCUGGCUGCAGGCGCUGACUGGACUCAUUGAGCAGAUGCAGGUUCACAGAGAUCCAGCCGCUCAGGCUGUGGUGGAGGAGUGGAUCAGAGAAAGAGAUGCCAUGAGGCCCCAGACCAAGGACAUCUUCAACAGCCAGUUCGGGAGUCUCUUCCGGACGUACCACAACCCCACCUACUUCUCCCGCCGGCUCUCCCGUUUUGCCGACAUCUACAUGGCCUCCAUCAGCUGCCUGCUCAACUACGACUUCCAGCACACCUUCUUCCCUCGCCGCACUCCACUGCAACACGAGCCCCCCUUCUGGCCUGAGCACAGCCCUGUGGGUAUUGAUGGCGUCUCCUCGCAGCUCCACAACUCCAAAGCAGAGUCUGAUUAGAAUAAUAAGACUAGAAUCUUCAUUAGAGGCUUUAAAGUCGGAUUAUUAUUAGUUUUUUAAGACAUGGCAUUGUAGAAGGUGCAUGCCAUAUUUUAAGGUUUAUGUAAAUCAUGAAAACUAUUUAUUAAGCUUUAAACUAUGUAGGUAGUCUUGCAGAGGGGCAGAGUGUGCUUUUAAAGCCAUAUGACUCAUUAUGCAGUGAGUAUUUUGACAUUUUGAUAGAGAGCGUGGACACUUUUGAUUAGAGAUAUUUAAUGCACUGAUUGUUUUAGGUUGUAUAUUUGGAGAGUGUUAUUGUGUGUGAGUGAGUGAAGGACAGAGAAAUUAUGACACCAUAAUGCAGUUACACAGCUAAGCAAUAGGGGGCAGCCACACAUCAAGUCUAUCUUUGAUCACUUUUGUCAGAUUGUACAGCAUGUUUAAGGACUCCUUGCUUUUUUACCCUCUGCUUCUGUAAAACUAUGCGAUUGUAGGUGAAACUCUGAUGUCACAUUUACAUGUCAAACUUUGUUGCCUUAAUCUCACACUCCAGUGUUUCUAUUUUUCUAACAGCCUAAUGUAAUGAGUACACUUUUCAGUGUUUAACCAUGCAGCAGCUUAUUUAAUCUCAUUGUAACACACUCUGCAUGGUUCAGUUCAGAGAUUGUGCUAUCAGACAGAUCCACACUGCACAGCCUGUAUGUCUCAUUUGAGCAGUGAGAAAUGUUUGAUAUUUGUCUGGAAAAAAAUAGAGCAUCAUUGCUAUAUUUAGCAGUCAGUUUCUGUAUUUUAUCUGUGUAGGCAGCAUUUGUGUUUUUGUGGGUUUGACACUUUGCAGAAAGUGUGUUUUCACACAUGCUGGAGAAGAAUAUAUUUAUAAUGAGCUGGAAUCUUUAUGUUUUACAUGUGUGGAUAAGGGGAUUUUUAAAUACUGGUUGCCAUUGCCGAGACCUCAGUUGUUUUUCUGUUUUACUGUAAAAUAUGUCAUAAUAAUGUCUCUUUUUAUUUCUCUAUUUAUUAAAAAAGGGAAUGGCUCAAUGGUGCUUGCUAAGUGUUUGUGGCUUGGUUUUGAAGCAAGGUUUUGAACUUUUGUUUGGAAUGCAUUUUUAUUUUCUCACACUUGUUCUGGAUUAUAAGUAUCUGAUCAGUUCACUCUCCCAAACUUCAGAAUGCUGCGGCCAAAUUUAAGACCUGAAAAUCUUCUGAGGUCCAAAACCCUCGUACAGCCACAACAUGAGACUUAAACAAGAUUUUCAUGUUAUUAUUCUAUAAACCGGUAAUUUAAAUGCAACAAAGAUUUUUUUUAAAUUGGCAAGCAAGCGGCAUAGAAGAAUGUUUUAUGGAGUGUCACCAGUUUAUCCAACCCCAGUUGAACCGUAACACUGGUCCCAGACAUCAGACAAAGUAAAGGAUUAAAAGGUGAUAUGAGAUAUGCCU